CCAAGACAUCAUCACAUCAAUACACCACUACAAUGCCCCGUGCGUCCAGAGCAAGAGCCGCUCGCGAAGAAUCAUCUGAUCUGUCAUCUGCUGCCUCUGACGCUCCUGAGACGGCCAUCGCUCAAUCCGCUUCUACCUCAACUAGAGGGACCAAGCGCAAGCGUCAGCUCAAGCAGCCAGCAAAGGAAGACGUAGAAGAGGAAGAAGAAGAGGAGCUGGAAAAGAAGCCUGCUCCUGCCAGGAAGAUCCGUCAGCGUAAACCACCCAAGCUCGAGGAAGAAGUCGAACCAUCACCAAAGAAGAUCAAGAAGCCCGCCAAAUCGACAAAGCCCACCGAAGAGCCACAGGAAGAGGAAACCAAACCAGUCGAAGGACAAGCAACAAAGCCCAAAGUUGUGAGAAAGCGAAAGACCAAGGAAGAAAAAGAGGCAGAAGCAAUGCCUUUGGCAGCACGUACACUCGGUCACAAACUCUUCAUCGGUGCUCAUGUCUCGGCCGCUGGUGGUGUUCCCAAUGCUGUUCAAAAUGCCAUCCACAUUGGCGCAAAUGCUUUUGCUCUAUUCCUCAAGUCUCAGAGAAAGUGGGCCAAUCCUCCUCUUGAAGAGUCCGUCUCCAUCAACUUCCACGCUCAUUGCGACAAGCACGACUUUGAUCAGAACAAACAUGUUGUCCCUCACGGCUCAUAUCUGGUCAAUCUAGCACAUACAGACCCCGAACGUACAAAGCAAGCCUAUGACUCUUUCCUUGAUGAUCUCAAACGUUGUGAGAAGCUGGGCAUCGCCCUGUACAACUUCCAUCCUGGCAACAGUGUAGGUGGUGACCGUGCUGCUGCUAUUGCUCACUUGGCUGGCAAUCUCAAUCGCGCUCACAAGGAAACCUCAAAAGUUGUCACAUUACUCGAAAACAUGGCCGCUGGCGGAAACGUCAUCGGCUCGACCUUUGAAGACUUGCGUGAUGUCAUUGCAUUGGUCGACGACAAGUCUCGUGUCGGUGUGUGUCUCGAUACCUGCCACGCUUUUGCUGGCGGCUACGACCUUCGCACACCCGAGACGGUACAGAAGACACUAUCCGAUUUUGACGAGACGGUCGGCAUGAAGUAUCUCCGUGCUCUACAUCUCAACGACAGUAAAGCCCCCUUUCAAAGCCACAGAGAUCUGCAUGCCAACAUCGGCACUGGCUUCCUAGGUCUACGCGGCUUCCACGCCAUCAUGAACGAUGAGCGUGUCAUUGGUCUCCCCAUGGUACUCGAGACCCCCAUCGACGUACGCGACGAAAAUGGCAACCUCCAAAAAGAUGCUAAGGGCAAGGACAUGGAGGACAAGAAUAUUUGGGCCAGAGAGAUUAAACUUCUUGAGAGCCUUGUCGGUAUGGAUGUCGACAGUGACGAGUUCAAAGAGCACGAAGACAGACUGCAGAAGAUGGGUGCUGUUGAGAGAAAUAGGAUCGCUGAACAAGUCGAGAAAAAGACCACCAAAGUCAAGGAAAAGGAAGACAAAGCCAAGGCUAAACAGACGAAGCUGAACUUUGGCAAAGCUGUUCCUGCAAAGAAGGGUAAGAAGGCCAAGAAGGAGGAAGAUGCUGAGCAGAGCGACGCUUCUUCGUUGAGUCCACCUCCUUCCGACAACGAAAACUGAGUGAUUUGCAAACGUCUCACAGACGAUCAAGGGAACUCCGGAGAGACGGACAUGGAUACAAAAGACGACUCGAGCAUAACAUCAUCACGACUGAACGCUUCACAACAUUUGCCAUGCAGUAGCAUCUUCUUCAUCAAAGGACAUUGCCAUAAUAGCGACGAAUCGUUUUACACGUAAGUAGUCUUGUCAAUAUAUUCUGAUUAGCAGCAUCCCAUGUUAUUCUCUCAUCAAACCGCUAUAAGAGUACGAUCUUGGUUUAUAGACAUCUUCAUGCCCAGGAUGGCGAGCCUUUGUCAUGCAGUCUUUUAAAGG